AUGAGUAGUAGCCAGCAGAAAAGGCAUAUUGACUUAUACACUAAGGAGUUUUACACGGCUUGUACGCUCGGCGGUGUGGUCGCCUGUGGGCCGACGCAUUCUUCCGUGACACCGCUGGAUCUCGUCAAAUGUAGACUGCAAGUGUCUCCCGGGCUGUACAAGUCCAACAUUCAGGGGAUGCGCGACAUCUUAUCCAAGGAGGGGUUUGCCAAGCUGUUCACUGGUGUUGGCGCGACUUUCAUCGGGUACUCGCUGCAGGGGGCCGGGAAGUACGGUGGGUACGAGUACUUCAAGCAUUUCUACUCGCAGACGCUCUGCGGUGGGGAUGCUACGCGGAUUCACAACAACCGUACGUCGCUGUACUUGCUUGCCUCCGCGACAGCAGAGUUCAUCGCGGACAUCAUGCUGUGCCCCUUUGAGGCCAUCAAAGUCAAGCAGCAGACGACAAUCCCAUCAUUCUGCAACAACGUCUGGGAGGGACUCUCCAAGACGUACAAGGCUGAAGGUUUGAUGUCCUUCUACAAAGGUAUUGCACCGCUGUGGUGCAGGCAGAUCCCGUACACGAUGUGUAAGUUCACCUCGUUUGAAAGGAUCGUCGAGUACAUCUACUCGAAGUUGCCCAAGAAGAAGUCCGAGAUGAACCCACUGCAGCAGAUCUCGGUCAGUUUCGUAGGUGGGUACCUGGCCGGUAUCCUGUGUGCAGCGGUCUCGCACCCGGCGGACGUGAUGGUUUCCAAGAUCAACAACGAGCGGGUCAUGGGCCAGUCCAUGAUGGACGCCUCGCGCGCGAUCUACAAGCGGAUCGGGUUCGUCGGCCUGUGGAACGGGCUCCCCGUCAGAAUCGUCAUGAUCGGUACACUCACCAGUUUCCAGUGGCUUAUUUACGACUCCUUCAAGGCGUACGUCGGGCUUCCUACGAGUGGCUGA